UUCAUGAUUUUAGAUAAAUGAAUUACCUGAAUUUAAAACAGGGAAACACAAUGAAUGGUUUGAUUCAGUUAAUAAAAGGAAUUCCAUCUUCCACAUAGUUUCAUUAUGUCCAACUAUAUCAAACAUCAGAGACCAAUAACAUUUAAUUUACCCCAAUGGAUGUAUAUUCAAAAUUUGAGAUUGAAAAACUUUUAUUUAUCCCAAAGGGGAAUUAUUUUGCACACUUUGAUUGCAGUCACAGUUAGAAAUACACACAAGAAGGUAGAGGGAUUAAAAAUAAGAAUAAGCUUCAUAGACACUGUCCUACUUCAGGCAGCUGACAGUGACUUUAACACAGAGUUCUGCUUAGUGAAGGCACCUGCUGCUGAGGUAGAGGAUCCCUGAACAUCAGGGCUGUUAACAGGAGCCUUUGAGUUGAUUAGUCCACACUGCAAAGAAAGGCAAAGCGUCCAGACAACAAACCCACCGGAGCAGUUUAAUAAAGGCACUGCAGCUGGACCCAAACAGGAGCAACAAUGUGGAGGAAAUGAAAAACAAGCUAUUAAAUAAGGUUCGGUUCAACUAAUGGUUUUACUCUUGUGAGUAAAGUCAACAUGGACAUGUACUGAUGACACUGAUGGUCUUGAUGGCAGCGUAGGUCAUAUCUAGGAGCACAGGCUCAGUGCUGCACCCUGCUGGGCAAUGAAUACAUAUUGAUUAUAACUACAUUUAUAUUUUCAACACCCGCUUCAGAUGUUAUCACCCAUAACGAAUGGGCUCAUUUUCAAAUGCAGUCUUGUUAUCAGAUCAUUGUACAAAUGAAGCACAAGGCUGCAGGAUGAUUAAUGAUUGCCACGUAUUAAGUGAUGAAUGCUGCUAUGGACACAUGAGGAGUGACAGUCAUAAAAAGCUUUAGAAAUAUAAUAGCUCAUUACACAGCCCUGCUUCCAUUCCUGCAGCAUCUGUCAUACGUUACAGCAGCUCAGUAAAAAGGUUGCACUCGUUUCCUGAUUUGAGCUGAACCUCCUUAAUUUCAUCAUCAGUUGCAUCAAAAACCUGAGUCCUGCACUUUGCUGUGAGCUUCUCUGGUAAAGUAUUCACUUCUUUAAUGGAUGUUUUAGUUUCCUAUGAGCAAACAGGACUAUCAUUCAUCUCUUUACCUGAAGGCUGAGUCGUGGCAGUGUAGUAAAGAACCCUCAGGUAUAGGGACUAUGCAGGGUUAGUGGUUAUGUUGGGGAGGAAUCAUAUUAGCCUAGAGCAUUAAGCUAAUCAGAGUAAGGCAAACAUUUAUUUUACUUGAACUUGUACACAUGUACUAACAUCUCUUUAAAGGUAAAAUUUAAAUUUAAAAAAAUUCAAACUUUGUUAUACAGAUGAUCAGAUCAGUUCGAUGCAAGAUUAAGCUGCGGUCAUGUCUUGAAUUUUGUGUCGGGGAAACUGGUCCUUUUAAAGACAUAUCUGACUUCCUUAGUCGCAAGAUAAAAAUGAAUUAUACUGUAUCUGUGAAGUGAGCUUGUUCAGGAAGUUUACUGUGUGAAUUUAAAAUGGGGAAGUUACUGGUUUAGAAGACUAAAAAUAAGAAAAGUGCAAAUUCACUGUUAUAUUGCGUUACCAGGAAAAAAGGGUGAACAUGGAGAUGGUCAGGGUGAUGCUGAGUGCCCUCUUUGUGUCUGGAGCUUUGGCUGUUUGUACUGAAACAUCACACCUCUUCAUCACUGCUCCAAAGAUGAUGGAAGCACUGACUGGAUCCUGUCUGAUUAUUCCAUGUAACUUUAGCUUUGAACCAAAACAUCUGUUCAUCAGCACCGGAAACAUCUACGGAGUGUGGAUUAAAAAUGACAAGGACAUUUGGCAAAACCCAAACAAUGUGAUCUACAACAGCAGUGGAACAGUAACAACCUACCCAAUGAAUAUCACUGGAAACCUGACACAGACAAACUGCACCACUCUGUUCUCUGAUCUAAUCACAACACACACAGACACGUACUACUUCAGGAUUGAUGGGUCGCAGAAGGCAACAGCUGUUUGUGAUCCUCUGCAGAUCAAUGUCAGAGAUGCUCCUGGAAGUCCCAGACUUACCAUCUCAGGUGAUCUGAGGGAGAAUGUGUCUGUGACUAUAACCUGCUCAGCUUCCACUCCCUGUCCACACCUCCCUCCUAAACUCACCUGGAAUCUACAAGCAGCGCCUGACAACCACAGAGAGGGAAACACAGAUGGAACCUUCACUACUAAGAUCCAGAAGACCAUCACUCUGUCAGACCAACAUGAUGGACUCACCAUCAACUGUUCUGCCUCAUAUCCUGUGACUGAAGGCAUCAAAACAGCACAGACUCUGGUGAAUCUCAGUGUUUCAUAUGCCCCCAAGGACACCUCAGCCUCCAUCAGUCCAUCAGCUGUGGUGUCAGCAGGUAGCUGGGUGAACCUGAGCUGCUCCAGCAGAGCCAGGCCUCCUGUCAGCAGCUUCACCUGGUUCCAGAUCAGCAGUGAUGGAGCCAAGGCCAACGUAUCUAAAGGAGCCUUCUACACAUUUAAUGCCACAGGUGGAGGAGUUUACUACUGCGUGGCCUCCAACGGCCUGGGUGCCCAGCCAUCACCAAUGCUUCAUCUGACUGUUGGAGGAACUGAGAAGCUUUUAUCUUUGGGAGCAGUUGUUGGAGGAAUCACUGGGGUUUUUGUACUUCUCUGCAUGGUUGUUGUCACCUGGAGGUUAAAAUCCAAAAAUCAGUCUUCACAAACACAGGUGACAACAGGUGAAGAUUCAAAAACAGAAGAUGAGACUAUUCAUUACGGGGAGAUCAACUUCUCCAGCCGAAGAUCUAAACCAUCACCUGACUCACAUGAGCAGCAGCAGGACACAGUGUACGCUCAGGUCAGCGUGUCUGGGAGAGGAAACCCGUUAAGGCAGGCUGCAGGUGGCCAGGACGACAUCUAUGCUCAAAUUAAUUAAAAGGCAGUUAUGAUGAGUGCUUGAAUAUAUGGAUUGUAUUUAUUUUUAUAGUCUGUUCCUCUUGCUACAGAUGACCACAGAGAAACCAAAAGCACUUUGUCUCACUCUCAUCCAGCAGCUUUGCUGGACCAAAGCAGUGAAUAACACAUUCCUGAUGAUUAAAUCCACUUCAGAUUGUUUAAUGUGUGUUUCCACAAAAGUCUUACUUUAUGGGAAAAAGAGAACAAACUUUGAAGUUUUUGGAGCACAACAGGUUUCACAUUCUGGCUAAUGAAGACAAAUGGUUUGAGUCAUGUACAUUAAAGAAUGACCAUAAGA